CAGAUAAUAAACACACAAAAGAGGGCCCAAAACAUUUGAAGAUCGAAUCUCAGUCUCAAUCUCCAUCGUCAUCGUCGUCUUCUUCCCUUUAACCCCGUCACCGUCGUUGAGAAUUUUCUCGGCGAUUGGGACUUUCCCCUUAACGAAAAAUCAAACCUUUUUUUGUGGGUUUUUUCUAUAUUUGAGAAAAGAUCCAAUUUUUAUUAUUCCUUUGACUCGACGCCAUUGUUGUUUGGUCAAAAAGAAAAAGCUAAAACCAUUUUCUUGUUGGGAGAGGAGGACUUGUAAUCUGCUCUGCUGUUAGAGAAACCAAUCUGGAUCUGAAGAAGAAGCUCUCUCUCAUUCCGAAGGCUUUGAAGAUCAUAUAAGAGUCUGAGAUUUGCUCAAAGUUUGCAGCUUUAGAUGAUACGUAAUUGACCCGUCUCUGUUCUUUUUAAACCAUGGGAGAGUGGGUCAUCGGAGCUUUCAUUAAUAUUUUUGGAAGCGUUGCUAUUAAUUUCGGCACUAACCUUCUCAAAUUGGGACAUAAUGAGAGAGAGAGGUUAGCUUUACAGGAUGGUGGUGGUGGAAAGACACCAUUGAAGCCUAUUAUACAUUUUCAGACAUGGAGAGUUGGGAUCCUUGUCUUUCUUCUUGGGAAUUGCCUCAAUUUCAUUUCGUUUGGUUAUGCUGCUCAGUCUCUUCUAGCAGCUCUUGGAUCUAUUCAAUUUGUAUCCAACAUAGCGUUUGCUUAUGUUGUAUUGAACAAAAUGGUGACUGUCAAAGUACUUGUUGCUACAGCUUUCAUAGUUCUUGGAAACGUUUUCCUGGUAGCAUUUGGUAAUCAUCAGUCACCAGUUUUCACACCCGAACAGUUGGCAGAAAAAUACAGUAAUGUGACGUUCUUGGUGUACUGUGGGAUUUUGAUUCUAAUCGUAGCCGUAAACCAUUUCUUCUAUAGGAAGGGGGAAGUUUUGUUAUCUAUACCGGGACAAGAGAUUAGCUCCUAUUGGAAAAUGUUGCUUCCUUUCUCAUAUGCUGUGGUCUCUGGCGCUAUAGGAUCAUGUUCGGUUUUAUUCGCCAAGUCACUCUCAAACUUGCUGAGAUUGGCCAUGUCUAGUAGCUAUCAGUUGCACAGCUGGUUCACAUACUCUAUGCUUCUUUUAUUCCUUAGUACAGCUGGAUUCUGGAUGACAAGAUUAAACGAAGGGUUGUCUCUUUAUGAUGCAAUUCUCAUAGUUCCAAUGUUUCAGAUUGCUUGGACUUUCUUCUCUAUCUGUACAGGAUUCAUCUACUUUCAAGAGUUUCAGGUUUUCGAUGCGCUAAGAACGACAAUGUUCAUAUCAGGAAUGUUGUGCGUAUUCAUAGGCAUAUCUUUACUAGCACCUGAUGAUACAAGAGGCAACGAGUCAAAAGACAAUACCUCAUCUCUUGACUCAAUAGUGUCCUCUGACGUGCCAUCUGAAGAGGACAGGUUGAUAUCACAAUCGUCUGAAGAUGGACAUAGCAAAGACACAAGAGUAGUCGUGCAAGGAAUGUAUAUGAAAGCAACUGAUCUAUUUGCCAAGACAAAGACUGCUUGUUUAGCGGCAUUGGGCUUUGGGGAAGACUCCAUAAACGCAUCAGCCAUUCUCGUGAUGCCAAUGGUAUCUUCGAAGAUAACAGGGUUUAGAGGAAACGGACUUGAAAGGGCUAAGAUCUUGUCCAUGAGAGGAGGAUCAGGAUGGAGCAAACUAGCCAUGGAAGAAGAAGGAACAAGAAUGCUUGAAAAGACAUCUCAUCACCACCCUUCAAAGGCUUAAAGUAGAUUAGUAAAACACAGAGAACUAUGAAACAGUUUCUCAGGUACAUUCUUCUCUUUAUCAUAUUAUGUCUUUAGUAGCAAAAACCAUUACACGAUUGUGUAUUCUUGCAAAAAAAAAAACAAAAAUGUAUAACAUUACAUCUCUGUAUAUUAUUAUUAUUAUUAUUAUUACU